ACUUCAGCUCGGCAUCAUUUUUUCUUCUCUAUUCAGCAUUACACGCUUUCGUAUAUCAAGCCCCUCUUUCUACGCCACAGUUUAAAUAAAAUUAAUAGAAUGCGCUUUCUACUACUUCUUCUACUCUUACUGGGGCCAAUGCUAUAUCACACUGGUGACGCGAGGACUGUCAUUAUCCGUCACCGAAAGGGUGGUGACAAGAAGCGCUCCUGGGAUGACAGGGUCAGGAUCCGUGUAAUCCCUAAGCAGCAUAAAAGAGAACGUGCAUUAUUCAGAAGGCAUAGAUAUAAGAUAAGAGUGCACUAG